GCAGGGGUGGUAGACGAGGCUGUGCACAUCGGUGUACAAGGGCCAUCUAUGACGCAUGGUGUACCCAGAAGGCUCUCAACAUUGUGAAGGACCCCACCCACCCUCCUUCCCACAGCUACUUCACCCUCCUACCCUCUGGCAGGAGGUGACAGGAGUUAUUUUGAUAUGGAUGGCGUCAGUAAUUGUACACCCUGGAUAGCACUGUCCGAGUCACUCAGCAGAAAAUGACUCAGAGAAAUGGAGAAAGAGGGACAAGUGACUGUUGCCUUCACAUGGAGACCACCAAGGUCCACAAGCGGGCUAAUGGUGUGGACCAGGAGAGGGAGAGAGGGGCUAGCAACUGUGACCCUGGUGAGGCGGGGAGUACCAUUUAUGACUCCCAGGACUCCUCGCCGAUGCCAGGGGCAGUCACUGCCCCUGAUGGGGGCUGGGGCUGGGUGGUGCUUGUUGCCACCAUCAUAGUUCUGGCUCUGACCCUUGCCUUCCCCUCCUGCAUUGGAAUCUUCUACACGGACUUGCAGAAAGAGUUCCAUGCCACCAACAGUGAGACCUCGUGGGUGCCCUCUAUAAUGACAUCGGUGCUUCAUGCAGGAGGUCCUCUUUGCAGUGUGUUUGUGGAAAAAUUCGGGUGCAGAGCAACAGUCAUGUUCGGUGGAGUUCUGAGUGGAAUUGGAAUGGCUGCAAGUUCAUUCACUCAAUCCAUCAUUCAGAUAUACAUCACUGCCGGGGUUAUUACAGGCCUAGGGUUCUGCUUCUGCUUCCAACCGGCUGUGACCAUCCUAGGACACUAUUUUGUUCGUCGACGUGCAUUUGCCAAUGCCAUGUCCUCCACAGGUACGGCCCUGGGCCUGUGUACCUUACCCAUCCUGGGUAAUUUCCUCCACAUGGAGCUAGGUUGGCGGGGAAGCUUCCUAGUUUUGGGGGCAGUUCUCCUCAACUGCUGUGUGUGUGGCGCUGUGAUGAGACCCCUGGUGCCCCCUGGACGUCGUGGGCAGCCCCUAAUGAACCACACAACGACUCAACCAGAGGAGGAGAAGCAGAAGACGUUGAAGGGGUGGUCAAGGACAAUGUUCAGCGGUAUUGCGGCUGGCCUGAGGAAACAUAUGGCCUUCGACCUAUUCUGCGGGAACACACACUACCGUGUGUAUGUCAUAGGCAUCACCUGGAUGAUGCUGGGGUUCGUGGUGUCAUUAGUGUACAUUGUACCAUAUGCCACAGCCCACGAGAUGGAGCAGGGCAAGGCCGCACUGCUCCUUUCCAUCAUAGGCAUGGUCAAUAUUAUAGUGCGGCCGCCCAUCGGUGUCCUCUUCAACCUGCCCUGGUUCAAAGGUAGACACGUGUACGUGUUUGCCUCGGCCCUGUUGGUCAAUGGGCUUAGUAACAGUAUCUGCUGCAUUGGAGCCAGCUUCCCUGUGUUGCUGGCCUUCGUGGUGACCUAUGGGCUGUCCAUGAGUGUGGUGGGGUCUCUGAUGUUUACUGUCCUCAUGGAUACGGUGGAGAUGAGUCGCUUCCCCGCAGCUCUGGGCCUGCUUGCUAUCAUGGAAAGCAUAACGCUACUCAUUGGGCCUCCACUGGCAGGAAUGCUGGUGGACAGCACAGGGCGAUACUUCCAUGUAUUCUUGGCCUGCAGUGUUAUUGUUGCCUCAUCUGCCCUGUUCAUCAUAGUUUCAUUUUAUUGGCUGGGGAAAAGGGACAAGAAGACGUCAAAACAGGGGCAGUUUUCAGCGCAGACAGACCAGUCAAGACCCGCUGACACGGCUCCCCGGUGUCAGUACAGCAGUGUGCCAACAGAGGGAGACAAAGACAAGACCUCAGACUCUGAGACCGUCACAAGGCUCUGAUAGCCUCGCCUCAUCCUUGGGUCAAAUAGUACUUACAAGUAAUUUGCAGGUUGGUUAAAAGCUAGCGUGCUCGUGUUGUUUUUUUUUCCAGUUUUCAUUGAUUUCUAUGGGCUAUUGCCUGCUUAUUAUUGGGUGUCCUGUGGAUGCAGUGCACCUACAACCACCUAGUAAUGUCCUAGCAAUUAAUUAGCAGCCAUUGUUAAACAUUUUGCAACCACCUUGUUACUACCUGGCAAACCCGUUCAGCUUCCCCACACAUAUUCCCUCUUUAAAUGUACUUUCUAGUUCCUAUUAUUUUGUUAUCUGGCUUGAUGUAUCAGGUGGGUGUCCCUUAUAGGACAAUACAAUUGUCAGAAAGUGUAAAUAAUCACAGUAAGGAAUAUGAAACAUUAUUCAUUAUAUUUCUCUGUGACAGACAACAUUGCUGAGGCUGAAACACAAUCUGAACAGUUUUUUUAUGACAAGUCAUCCCCCAGUCUGGUGCACCAAGCUUGUCACAUGCUAAGAACCAUUUGCAAAUACUAUUUGACGAGGAUGGACACAUACCAAAACAAACUGAGGUACUUAUUUGUGUUUAUACUGAAGGAGUCACUGAAUUGUGAUUGUUUUUCACUCUAUGUGAUAAUAUGCUGCUUUACUUAUCAAUGUGAUCACACAAUCCACCAUGACAAUGUAUGAUGCCAAGCCAUAUAUUUAAUCCUUCAAAAGGAGUAGUGAGUGGAGGGAAAAAAUGCUGUUAGUUAUUACAGCACCAAGACGUUAAACAUGAGAUGCCAAGUCACUUCAUAACCAGGUUCAAUGGCCCUUGAUCACGUGAGCUCAUCAAAGGUAGAUCCACCAACUUUUUAGACUAUUACACUGUUAUACACACUGUAAUAUGUACUGUAUAUGUUAAUUAAACAUGCAUAUCUUUCCUGCUCCUCAUACUGUCAUGAAAUAGUGCCUUUUAAACGUAAAGAAUUUUAUGUAUUUCUAUAAGAAAUGGGCCGGCCAGUUUCUGUGUUCAGUCCAUAUGGGGACAUUAAAAACUGGCACAGGAGAUUAAUUAAUUAAACAAUCAGAGUUCAAAUAUUUUGUAGGAUUAAUUUGCAGUCAAUAGGACAAGCACAUCAGCAGUGUCUGUAAAAAAUUGGUUUUUUUAUCACCCAUUUAUUGAUGUUUAUCUCAAUCUGCAUUCUGAUACAUAUGAACAUGAUGUGAUUUCACAGAGGACCAUGUGCAUUAUUAUUAUUAUUACUGCUACAAGUGUUUCUACUUAAAGUAUACAUACUAGUGUUUGAGGACCAGAUGGGGCGAUCCUGGUUAUCAAGACAUAGUGUUUGUAAGUAAAGUGUUGUCUUGUAAGAGCCCAUUUUCUGCCAAAAAAAUUCCAACUGUACUCUGUGUGUGUGUGUGUGUGUGUGUGUGUGUGUGUGUGUGUGUGUGUGUGUGUGUGUGUGUGUGUGUGUGUGUGUUAUUCUUUCCAUCUCAUAUUUCCUUUCGUUUGCAUAGUUGUUGCCCGUGAGUUGAGGUUAACUUUGAGCCAAUUAAGUGUUGGAGCUUUUGCUGCAGCCACUUCAAACAUUCAGAAUAUAGACCCCCCCCACACACACACACGUGGUAGAAGUGCCUUGUUGGUCACCAGUCAUUGGCUGCAGCACUCACUAGUAGCUGUGGUUUCAGCAUCUGCUCUCUGUGCAGAGCUCCACAAACAUGUUUAUUUUCUGUCUGAAUUCUUUCCACCUGUCAGAAAGUUUGUAAUUUUGUGUCACUCUGCACACAGUGCAGCUCAGUUGUCUGCUGUGAUUUUUCAUUUUAUGUUCUGCCUCUCACUUCUUUUUUUGGGGGGGGCUAAGAAGAGUUGUACUCUUUCAUUGUAGUUAGGCCAUAUUGAUGAGGAAUGGCUUUGAAUAAGACCUAUCAACUGCUCCUGCUUUAUAGGUGUUUGGGUGGCAGUGUAGUGUAAUACACACACACACACACACACACACACACACACACACACAUAUAUAUAUAUAUGUGUGUGUGUGUGUGUGUGUGUGUGUGUGUGAGAUUAUUAUUAUUAUACUGAAACACUUUGCUUUAGUUUUGACCUGGAACAUUUUGAACAAUAGCCUACUUUCCUGUGAGGAUUACUAUCAGUACAGGAAUGAAUAUGAUACAAGUGUGUGAAUAAAUAUUAAUGCAUCCAAAAACUAUCUUAAAAAGUUCCUUUUGUUGUGUAAUAGAGCAAAUAGAAAAUGCAUUAUCAAAAAUGUGUUUUUCUGGAGAUACAGAUAAAAUUAUCUAGCAUUAUUAUUUUGUUUUGGUUUUUUUUUCAGAUAAAAACUAUUUGGUGAUCAAGACAUGACACUGAAAUUACAUUGGAGUGUAGUCAGUGACGUUUCUGUACCGAAGGUAGUUCAGUAUUUUUUCUAAGGGUUAGUGUUGCUUUUAUAAAUCAUGCCUUUGAUACAAAUGUAUUAUUUGUACAUUUUGAUCAUGAACAAAAAGUAUUCCAAAUGUAUCUAUCUUCUAAAAGUUGACUAAAGAGAAAUGCAUUGAUAAUAAGUGUGUAAAAGGUUGCCUUUUUUCUAGUCCAAGAGUAAACGGUGAGUGCUAAAUCCGUUAUCUCGCCGUGCGUGUGUUGUUGCACAUAUAGAGGUUGGUUGUCGUUGCUGUAAAUCAGAUGCUCGUUCAUGAAUUAGAAUUAUAUUGUGCCCAAGUAUCGGCUACAGGUAGCCAACCCUCUCUUUCUCCCGCUGGUAUCUCAUGAUUUACUCUGGCUUCCAAUGACUUGCAUGGUAGUACGUAAGGGCACAAGUGGGUAUCAUGUGACUAGAGCGACAAACAAGCGUGGCAAGUAGCACAAGGCCAUAUAACCAGGACAUAACGUCAGUAGAAGAUAAACUUGUUUAUGCCCAAAAGUAUGAUAAGUGAUAUUCCAUCAUGUAAGUGUAACCAUUAUUACGCAGAAAACAGUAGUAGUAGCAUGUCAAGACAACCAUUAGACUGUCAAAGGGUGAUGACUGAAGACAUCCUAACGUCAUCCUUGCAUCGAUAGAGGCUCCUGCUCCACCAACAUGUCCUGAUCAACAAGGUCCCUGAUUAGCAGGACAUUGACUAACGCAAGUAGAUUGUUCACUAGAUUUGUAAAUGGUCUAAAGACAGGGAGGCUUUUGUCUGAUUUUCAGUCACUCUGCAGACCUGACUCAGACUUUGUUGAUACGUCAAUAAAAGUCUUAUU